GGGCGAGGCGGCUCUUUAGUUUAGAGUUUGUGUCCGAUAGCAGCGGAUUGUUCCGUAAAAGUGAUUUUUCGUACAUUUAAAACUGAAACUACAAAAUCUAGGUCAAUAAUAUUUAUCAAGAAUAUCUAAUUUUGACCUUUAUUUCAAUUUCCCGCUUUUGAAAAUUAUCGAAAUUCAAACUAAUAUAUAUAUCGAAAGGAAGAUAUAAAGAAAAAGAAAAGAUAUAAAUUGAAUCGACGAGAAAGAAAAACAACGAAGAAAAAAAGAAACGUAAAUCUUGAAUUUUCACUUGAUCGGAAAAAAUUUGAAAAUUUUCCGAUAUAUCUUUAGGGCAAACAAACUAUAUACCUACGUGUAAAAAAAAAUCCAAAAGUGAAAGAUAUUGAAUAAAAAAGAUUGUGAGUCUAAUAUGUAAAUCCCAAAAGACUUGGAAGAUUAUUCCUAUAAGAGUGAACUUUGAGGGAAAAAAAGGGGAUUAAAGAGAAAAAAUAUUUUCUAAAUUUCUCACAAAUAAUUGAAAGCGAAUCUCACAAACUGGCUCCGGAAGUGAGGAUCAAGCAAAUUGGAAUGAGGGAGGACCUCUUGUCCAUUAUAAGACACACGAGUAGCGAUCAUUUUUCCGAAGAGUUAUUUCUCGAAGAAAUUAACGAUCCUCAUCUGUGAUAACAAAAAAUCAGUGCCAUUUUUUUUUUUUGGGGGGAUAAUCCCGUGUCUCGUAAAAAUAAAUAGAGGGUGAAAAUUUUAUUUAAAUUUUCUUCAAAUUUUUCUUCCUGUUUUUGUAAUAUAAAUAAGGAAAAUUCAUUUUUGAUUCUCGAAGAAAAAAAUAGAAAAACGGAUUCGAAGGUCAAUAAACGAUUGCUGAUUGUCAGCGAAUUGAAAAAAUUUUCAUUUAAUUUGGAAUGCCGUGGGUUGCUGCCUGUUUGGAUUUAUUGGCUGGACCCAUUUUGGGUUAUUGUGUGGCAGUUAGAAAAUUGGCAUUACAAGCAGGAAUCAUGCAAGAGGGUGAUAUUGUUGACAAUAGAAAAAAUCCAACCAUCAUGGCACCUGCUGUCGAGGACAAAAUUGAAGAAAUCAGUCAGGAGAAGCCAGUGAGAACUCCAGGAGUAAUAAAACCACCGCGAAAAUUUGCUGGCGUUAUCAUUGCUUUUUGUGGUCUUCCAGCACGAGGAAAAAGUCAAAUUGCCCAUUCUCUUACUCGAAGACUGAACUGGAAUGGUGAAACUGCCAAAACGAUGAGUGUAAGCAAUUAUCGAAGAAAGAGACUCGAGCCUUACGCUUCUCAUGAACUAUUUCGACCAGAUCACGCUGCGAAUGUUGCCUUAAGAGCUCUGGCACAACGAGAUGCAAUGCAAGAUUGCGCUUCCUGGCUUGCUUCCGGGAAUUCAGUGGCUAUUCUGGACGCGACACUAGUGACGCAUGAGCAACGCUCCGAGGUCUACGAUCACUUUUCCACUCAACUUGGAUAUCGUGUUCUCUUCAUCGAAUGCGUUUGUGAUGAUCCAGCAAUUCUCGAGGAGAAUUACCUUCAAAUUCUCAAGUACAGUGCUGAUUAUUCUGGCAUGGCACCGGAACUUGCAUUAAAUGACCUAACACUAAAAAUAGCGCACUACAAAAUGGCCUAUAAGGGAAUGGAUGAGAAGAACUAUCCACGAAUAAAAAUUGAUACGGCCACGAUGAAUAUUAGUACACACAAGGUCGCAGGUCAUGUUGAGGCGCUGAUUCUUGGUUACUUGGGUAGCAUUAAUCUGAGACCUCACACGUUGUACUUUUCAAGGCAUGGCGAGAGUGAGUACAAUGUUCUUGGGAAAAUAGGCGGUGACGCUGUACUCAGUCCUCGUGGUGAACGGUACGCACAGGCAUUGGCUUCCCAUAUUAAUGCAAUGCACAUACCGGAUCUUCGUGUUUUGACAAGUCGUCUACGGAGGACAAUUGCAACGGCACGAGGAAUCGAAGCACCGCAGGAACAUGUGGCUGCAUUGAAUGAAUUGAAUGCUGGAGUUUGCGAGGGACUCUCCUAUGAGGAAAUGCAGGAACAAUAUCCACAGGAGUUCGCGUGGCGUGAUCAGGACAAAUUACGAUAUCGUUAUCCAUGGGGUGAGAGUUACGUGGACACAAUGAUGCGUGUUGAGCCAGUUAUUGCCGAACUUCAAGAAGCAAAUAAUGUUCUUUUAAUAUCCCAUCAGGCAAUAUUGCGUUGCAUUAUUGGCUAUUUUAUGGAUAAAACACCAGAUGAAUUGCCUUACAUGGAAGUACCAUUGCACACCAUCAUUAGAAUGUCGAGCCAGGGCCAUAAUUAUAAACUCGAAUUCAUCAAACUUCCAAUUGAGUGUGUCAAUACAACAAGAAUGAAGCCUAAAAAUUGCAAUGCCAAUAGAACAUCUGACGAUGCUUUGCUCACUGUUCCAGCUCAUUUCGAUAUUCCAGAUCCCUGGAGGAAUCCCGGCAGUGGUCCCACUCUUGUUCAACAGCACUAAACAAACAUUUUUUGUUUUUGACUUCAAUUUCUCGAAAAAAGAGAAGAAGAAAAUGUAAUUGAAAUACCAGACGAGAGAAAUUGAAUAAGUAACAAUUUUUUUAUUUACUUGAACGAAUGAGUUAUUUUAAUUGUUUUAAACUUCCUUUAGUAUCAGAAUCAGAAAUUUUCGAACACUUGCAAUUUUCAGGCCUUGGAUGUUAAGACUUUUUUUUGACUAUUUUCAAAAAAUUCGACUUUUCUUUCAAAUUUUGGUACAAAAACCACAUUUUUGGUAUAAAAUACAAUUUAUUUCGUUCUAUACAAUGUAAAAAGUAUAACUAUAGACAAAUCUUUGAAAAAUUAUUUUUGAAUGAUUUUUCUAAUUAAAUUUUUGAAAUAUACAAUUGAAAAAUUUUUCAAUAAUUGAAACUUUGUAAUAUUUAACUGAAAAUAAUAAUUAACAAAUAAUAAUUAUUUAAAUAUUUAUUUAAUAAAAUUAUUCAAGUUUUGAAAAAUUGAAUUUAGAAAUCAAUGAAAAGGGAAAGUCAGAAGAAUACAAAUUAAAAUUCUUGUGAAUUAAAUAAACGACUUUUUUGUAUUUUUAAUCGACUAAAGCAACUUUUUUUGCUCCUUAAAGUCGAUCCGAGGCUUCAAUUUGCAAAAAGUUGAAAUCAAAUAAUUGGAAACUUCAGUUUGUACAUUUUUCUUCGUUCAAUAAUUAUAAUCUCAGUUAUGAAAUUAUAGUUAAUGAUUAUAAAUUAUAUAAUUAUAAUUACUGAUCACAAUGGAAAAUUAUCUUCGAAUUAUUUAAAUUUUCAAAAAUUGUGAACCCUUUUUGAAGUUUCUUCGAAGAUCUAAAAAUUGAAAAAAAAAUUCGGUUCUCUAUAAAUUCUUCGGAAUUUCGAUUGAAGAAACAUUCUGUUAAAAAAAAAUGUUUCACCCCUAAACUUAAGCACCUUCGAAUCAAGAAGUUAAUCGAGAAAAGAGAAAUUAGAAUUUUCCUUUUUUAAAAGUAGAAAUAAUGCUUCUCGAUUUAGAAGAAAAAAAAAAAUUAACACACUGGUUAAGCCCUCUACAAUUAUUCAGUAUAAAUGUUAACAGUACUUGUAGUUUUAAUUAAGCUUCAAAGAAGUAAUUAGGUAUUAUUUUUAGAAAUCAUAAGUUUUUUCGAUAACUGCUCUUUAUUAAGGAAAAUUUCUUUCUAAACAAAUAAGUCAUAUCGAUUAAUUUUUUUUUUUUCACGGAGAAUCGUUCACAUACAGGUUUGAACAAAAAUCAGAACCGAAGCGUCCCCCCACUCUGCGGAAGAAAUGAAGGCGUGGUGGGGGGACGCUUCUCUCUCAAGUGUUUUUCUCGUUCAAAUCUGAUUAAAAAAUAAUAAAAAUCUUUUGGAUCAAGAUUUUUUUUCCUUCCAUGUGCUUUUGAUCUCCAUAAUUUUGACUUGACUGUGAUAAUAAUGAAAAAUGUGGAAAGUUUCUCACGUGUACAAAAGAAGAAAUGAAUUCAUAAUUAUAAUUGUAUAAAAUAUUACAAGGGAAAAGGAUAUUUUCUAAAAAAAAUAUUUCUCUAUAGUGAACGAUCCUCCUAAUAGAAAUUCUUCGAAAUAUUAUAUUUUUUCGAUUUUUUCGAUUCAGUGAAAAAUUUGCUAACUUUGUAGAAGAAAAUUUUUUCAAUUUCCCCAAAUAACUAUUUGUGAAAAAUUAUCGGGUAAUUUUGUAGUAAUUUACAUUUUUCUAGUUUAUAGAAAUUUCUAGUUUUAGACAGAUAAUUUCCUUGGUAAAAAUAAAUAUUUGCUUCCUCGUGUGAAGGAAGCUUUUAUAACAAAAAAAAAAAUUAAUUACUGUUUUUAUACGAAGAUAAAUUUUGUUCGUAUUUUAUAUUUUUUAUUUUUUUUAGUUCUUUUAAAGUCAACUUAUUAAAUAAGUUUCAAAAGAAAAUUAAAUUCAAAAUAUCAGUAUAACUAAAUUAACUGAAUAUUAAUUCGAAAGUUAAUUUUUUUUAUUAAUUUGAAAGUUAAUUUUUUAAUUAAUUUAAACUUGUUAAAUAUUUUUUUUUUUUUAAAUGGGAAAUUUAAUACAAAAUUUUUACCAAGGAGUUGAGUAAAAUCCGCAUAAAUGCGCAUAAUAAAAAAAAAUUUUAGACUCGCGAUAAAUUUUUCGUGAAACGCAGAGUUAAUAUGCCUUUGCAAAAAAAAAAACAGUAUAUUUAAUAUCGAGAGACUGAUAGGGAGUGUAAGGAAGAAUUGAAUGCACGAGAGAGAGAGAAAGACCAUUAAUUUUAACAAUAAUAAUUAAUUUUCCCUCUAUAACGAAACAAAACUAUUCAAAUUUUUCAGUCUUCCUACUUUUCAAAAUACUCCCAUUUUACUAUUAAAAAAAAAAAAUUAUUCCCCCAUAAUUUUUGCUCCCAUUUUGUCAUUUUUGCGUGGGAGAAAAAAACAAGAAUUAGGGCUGUGCCUUUAGAUAAAUCGUCUAUAGAUUAAAAAUUGAAAAGAAAGAAAAAAAAAGCAGAGAAUGUAAUAAAAUCAAAAAAUUGAAAUAGAAA